GUCGCCCUCGCCUCAUAAUGAAGAGGAAGCUCAGUGCACUUUUAAGAGAUUCAAGUCCAGCCACCGCCAUGUCCACUCACUCAGUCAAGCUCACAGAGCGCGAGAAACAGCUCCGCUCUCUUCUGCUGAACGUCGCCAACUUCAUUGACACGACAACGACGCUCGGCCAGCCGCUGGUGCUGCGCUGGGCCGGAGGCUGGGUGAGGGACAGACUCCUCGGCAUAGAGAGCCAUGACAUCGACGUCGCGAUCAACGCCAUGACCGGGCAGCAGUUUGCGCAGCACAUCUCGGAGUAUUGCAAGCAGCCCGAUGCCGCAAAGAUCCAUGGCUUUGCGCCUGGAGACAUCGGCAGGCUGCAUCACAUUGCGAGCAAUCCGGACAAGUCCAAGCAUCUCGAGACCGCCAUGGUCAAGCUCUUUGGCAUGGACCUUGAUUUCGUCAAUCUUCGCAAGGAGACGUAUGCCGAGGACAGUCGGAACCCUCAGAUGGAGUUUGGUACUGCAGAGGAAGAUGCUCUUCGCCGCGAUGCCACCAUAAACGCUUUGUUCUAUAACCUGCACACCGAGGAGAUUGAAGAUUUCACCGGCGGCAUCCGCGACAUGGAGGCGAAGAUGAUCCGGACUCCCCUCGAACCCUAUCAAACGUUUAUAGAUGAUCCCCUCAGAGUACUUCGUCUCAUACGUUUCGCUGCUAGACUAGGGUUUACUAUCGAUGAGACGUCGGAGAAAUUCAUGAACAACAAGGAUAUCCUUGAGGCUCUCCGGAAGAAAAUCAGCCGUGAAAGAGUUGGUGUUGAGUUGGAAAAGAUGCUGAAGGGCAAAACACCCCAAUCAGCACUGGAGAUAAUUGACCGUCUUGGCCUCUACCAAGCAAUUUUUAGCGAUCCGGCGGAAGAAGACGUUGUAUUGCCCGAUAUAUCCCGAUGGCAUGUCGCCUACAGCUGUCUUGACGAACUACUAAAGGAUAGAGAGCCGGGCUCGAUAUCUCAGCUAUUGGUUGAUGUUAAUGACAGCGAUACCACGUAUCUGGCAUGGAAUCUCGCUGCUGUGAGUCCCUGGAUUCCCGAAAAUGACCGCUCUGGGCGCAAGCAAAAGGCAAAUACCCUCCCGCGCGUUGGUAUCAUCGCCCGCGAAGGGUUUAAAGCCUCGAACAAGCUCACAACGGUCAUGGCAGCAUGUCACAAGCAUCGUGCUGAAAUACUUGAUCUGAAAAGGUCGGUUUGUGAGAGUUCGCCAAUAAUAGAGCAACGAGACAUUUUUGGCAUGGCGAUUCGGAAGUGGGAAGCAGUGGGCGGACACUGGAAGAUUCAAGUUCUAGGAGUGAUAAUGAUCGAUGCGAUGGAACAGCUCAAAGACUAUCCCGCUGAGAAACGUAAAGACCAUACAGAGUUCCUCCAAGGAUGGGAAAAGUUCCUUCAGCACCUCGCUAAGCUUGAUAUCUUCGAUGCCCCCAAUUUGAAGCGAAUUAUAGAUGGACGAGCGCUGGCCAAGGCCUUGGGGGUCCCACCGGGCGUGUGGAUGGGCAAAGCCUUGGACAUCUGCAUGGCUUGGCAGCUUCGAAAUCCGACAGAGGAGAGUCCAGAUGGUGCAAUACAGGAAGUGAGAGAUAAAGCCGAGGAACUGGGUAUAAAAUUAAAAUGAUAAUAGGAUCGAUGCUGAAAAGAUGAAUGUGCUCAAUUAGUUUAAAAAAUUACUCGUAAAAAUGAUACCUCUACUGAUUUCUAAGUCUAUGGAAGUCUAGUCCAAAAUAUGAUCAUGGAAUCAUAACGCAGCCAAACAAACUGUUUGCCCUCUAAUCGUACAGGAAAGAUUGCGAGCUGGUAUAAUUGGUUAAUAAAACAUAAUCACUCCUCCGGCGAAUGCCUUGGGGAAGGGGUUUAUCAUCGUCCUCCUCCCCACGCUUAAAUGAUGCCUUUUUUCACUCCUGGAUCUUUUCCAGGCUUUUCUUUCCAUUGGCCUUGGCCUGGCUUCCUGGGCCUUGAGGUGGCGCGUCGCUAACAUCAAUUCCACUGAUGAACAUGGCGCUGGCCCCUUCUAGUGCGGCAACGAACACACAUAGAAGACUAGCAAUCACAAAGUGACUGAUAGUGGACCCGAUUUCUAACCAGGACCCCUCAUCUUUGACGACCCAGAAGAAAUAGAGAGUCAAAAUAUCGCUGAUUGCCAUGACAACCAUGAACAAUGCCGACGGUGCAAUUCGAAGUCGCUUGUUCAAAAUUCCAAGGUUUGCUGAAAUGAGACCAAAGGGGAUCAUGAGCUUGAGAAUAAGAAGAGCUCCCUGAGAAAAUGGAUCAAAGACGGGAAUCAGACGAGUAACACUCUCCAAGCUAAAUGAUGAGAUGGACGCGACAUUUCCAGUGCUGAAGAAGGCCGAUUGGAGAAGCACCAUGAAGAAGAGAGAUACGCGUGCGUCUGACAAGCGCAGUGGCCGAUUCAACACGCUUUGAUCCGCCUUUGCAAAGCCGUUUCUGCUGGAUGUUUGGCUCUUACCGAAAGUGUCGAUACGGUAUUCCAGGCGAACCCAAAUGACGAGUAAAAUAGAAUACGCAAUGUAAAACAAGCCUUCGUAGGAUAUCG